GCAUUGACGGCCGACACACACACACACACAGAGAGAGAAAGAGAGAGAGAGAGACCAACAGUCGUUGACCCUGACCGCGACAGCGAUUGCGCGCCCCCCUCGACGCUCUCCACCAGACAUCAUCACCGCCAAAACCAUCCUCCCUCCCUUGGAACACGAUCGUGUCGAGCCAGAUCAUUCACCCAUCUAGUCCAGCAGGCACACCUCUCUUCCCCCACAGACACAAUCUUCGUGCUCCUGUGCGGCGGUUUAUAAUGCUCCCAACUCUCGUCUGAUAGGCACGCGAGUCAACAUCUUGUUCCUCCCCCCCAAGAUCUCGCCCUUCUCGUCCUCGUCCUCCUUCUCUCACACGAUCGCCAGGCUCAUAAGCAGAGGACCAGAACGGCGAGGGGCAGAAUGGAGUCGGAAGGCCAGUCCAAGAGAGGCCGUCUCAUGGGGAAGCUCUUCGGUCGCGAGAGGAAGGUCUCGAAUCCCAACGAGGUCGCCCCAGGAAAUGACGACCUCAGCAAUUUCUUCCAAAACUCUCCACACGACAACCUCCCCGUCGUGCAUGCCGCUCCCCAGAUGCUGGCCAAGCUCGACACUUCCAAUGCUCGCCGGUAUCCAAACGCUCUCGAGGUCAACACCCCCGUCCAGCAGCAGCAGCUUGCUAUGCGUGGACGUCCCCCGAGCACGAGGCGUAGAAAUAAGAGGGGCCUUGUCGUAAGGUUCGUCGAUACCUUUCCCGAGAUCAUAGGAGAUGGCGGAGACGAGUGUACAGUCCCUACCGCAGAGAUAGCGAAGCGGAAGAGGGCGCAGUCUGCUCCUCCACCUGCACAGGCGAGGAAGAUCGCACAGCUCCAGCAGGAGAGGGAGAGGGCAUACACGGACCCGAAACAGGACGACUUUGUCCCUCCAGUACUUCGAAGAACCCAGACCGGCUACUCUACUAUUUCGGAAGACCCAUCGCCGCCCCCACCUCCGCCUCCACCUUUCCUGGACAACUCCGUAAUCUCGAACGACGACAAGAGGAAGUCCUUCAUCGAGAUCAACCAGGCCAAACAGCGCCAGGCAGAGGGCAUGGCUUUCGCAAAAGCAGUCAGGUCAGCAAGCACCAGCAAUGAACAUGAAUGGGAAGAGACCAAACAUCAAGUUGCGGGCCCCUCAACCCCAAUCGAGGCGAAUCCGGGUUCGAUGCCGCCGUCCAUUGCUGGGUCUCCUGAGCUACAGCAGCAGAGGCGGCCGCGGCUGGACCAGAGUCCUGCGUCUACCUACUCCCAGUCUCUACAGGGUAGUCCUGCCGCAGUGAUGGCCCAGCAACGGUCUUCAGCGCGAGAUCCCAGGCUGGGGGACUCUCCCAACAAGAGAGGUACUGCGUCAGACAUGGCAGCAGCGCCGCCACUGGCCGACGACGCCCUGGAGAUUUUCACUGCACGGACACGGCACUUAUUCGAGCUGUUUCGCCUGCAGGCCGAGACUGUCAAACCAAUCAUGUCAUCUCCACCGGAUGAUCUCGCCCGGGCAGCUCUGUGGUGGUUCCUGAAAGGCAGAAUGACCCUCGAGAUAACCAUCAGGGAGCAGCCGCAGACCCCACAACAUGCCAGUCAGCUCCAGGCGGCCCGUCAACAAGCUUACGCUGAUCUUGCCAAGGCCUUGUGGAUCUAUGAGGAGGUCUUGCCCUCGGUUCUCAGCACCAGGAGCAGUCCGGUCGAUGCCGAAGUGCAAGACGUGGGGCAGACUAUCAUGUCGCAGCUGAGAAAGCUGUCAUCCUCCAUGAAGCGCAACGGAUUCCUGCCGCCCGAGGAACCUUUCUUGCCACAGACCAUUGACAAGACGAUAUGGGUCGAGUAUCCGGCCAUCAAUCAAGACAUCAUCACGUUGCUAUGGGGCUCCUGGGGUUCCUCCAUCGCGGCAUCGCAAUCCCUCACCAAGCUGCCUCUCCUUGCUGCCUUACCCCUGGGUGAUACGAAGGACCUGUUCUGCUUUGGCCGUUAUAUGGUUGACCUGCUUCUCAUGGAGCAGGGCAUAGAGGACCAAAAAUUCCACUUCCCUUGUUUUCUCUCGGUCACCAGGUCCCCGGCGCAGACCAGUCUCGAUUUCUGUAUUGUAAGCCAAAAUGGGUCCGUGCAACUACACAUCCAGAGCAACAAAAAGGGAGGGCCGACCUGGAACGAUGUCAAGUGGCGCCCGGAAAACUGCGCCCUCGAGCUCAAGCUACCUCGAGGCUUCCUCGUGGUCAUCAAGUGCAAGCCUCAAGACUUCAAAAUGUUAUGGAACCUGCAAGACUUCAGCGCGAAGGCGCUCGCGACGCUUCAGCCGCGGAAAGAGGAGCAGUGUGUCUUCAAAUCCAAACUGCGCAGCUUUCAGUACUUUGACUCGAAUGCUAAGUCCAUGACCUUCCCGAGAGAGUCUGUUCUUGGCUGUGAAGUCGCACUGUUUGAGCGGAUCGCCAAGGAGAACUCGCCCCAGGGACAGAGGACGCAUCAUCGCGGUUUCCGCUUUGCCGUCGUGACUGGGCCGUCGACGAAGCUGCUCAGCGCGGUCAACCAUAUGUACCUACCCCAGGUACCUGUCCAGUUUGGAUUCCUGCGGGGUGAGAACAACGAACCUGCACUCCUCUUGCGAUUUGAUGACGGGGGCAGUACCGGCAGGAUGGUCAUGGCUUUCAAUGACGAGCCUGAGCGACUUCGGUUCCACAGUCUCCUCAUCGGCACACUUGUGCAACAGGACGAAAAAGUCUUCUCGGAGGUUCCCAUCACCGGUUUUGCCAUCACCCAGACCGCCAAGUCCGACGCGGCGCCCAUUUUCUCUACGCUGCCGUGGUCGAGAGUCAGGGUGAUCAACGAAGACGUUGAAGGCGAAAUACCAGAGACAGUGCUGGCCGAACGUCUCAGGAUCAUCAUUGACUUCAAGUGUGGCAGCAUAACCGACAGGGUCAAUGUGGGGCCCGGAGAGCUGAAGAUCAGGCUCCCAGUCAAGGAGAAAACCAAGAUCCAGAUCCUGCGCCCACCCCAACAGGAUAUCACUGUAGCGCUUUCGGAAUCUCAGGUGGCCAAGCAGCUGCCGGCAGAGAUAUUCCAGGCGUUGCAGCUCGCCAGCCGCGGUCCAUCGAUCCGCUCGUUCUCCUUCACCAGCCAGCGCGACCUGCACGACUUCCAAGAAGCACUGACGGGCUUCAAGCCGCUCUUCGACGGGGUCGUUUCGCUCUUUGCCAUUGCUCGGCGGCGCAUGGUCGUCCCCAUCUACAAAAAAUGGGAAGCAGCCGGGACCAGAAUACAGAUUGUCCAGUCGGAAGACAACAUCACCCACGUCCUCGUCUUCUUUGAGGACUUUCACCACGGAGAGAGCAUGAGCUUCCAGCUCAAGGCGACGGACAUCUUCGAGUCGAUCAAGAAGGGCGACAAGAUGGGUCUCAAGAUCGAUGAUGCCAAGUUCCCCCUGCCUCUUCUUCCUGAGAAUGGGGAGAAGCCGACGGAUGACAUGGCCUUUGUUUGUCUGGAUAUGCCAGAGAUUCCAGGAGAGCAUGAUGAUAUUACAAUUCUAUUUGAUGGCGAGGAGCAACGAGAUGAUUUUAUCCGGUGUCUGCCGGCGCCAGUCAAGGGCUCCAGGAUAUCGAAGACAUUCAAGUAAGUAUGAUACAAGGGGGAAACAUAUAAAGCCAUUGAGUUGGCAAAAGGAGGUGUUGGGGAGUGGAGGGGGGAUGGAGGACGGGGCCCACAGACUUGAACGGGAAGAAGGAGGACAGCCACGCGGCAGAGCAUCUUCAUACAGUAUACGGGGCGAUAUGGUAUCUGCAUUGGGCGGCCCCAUGAUUUUUACACACACACACACACACACACACACACACACACACACAACACUCCUGCAUUUCUCGCAUGAGAUACCCACUACGGCGCAAAAGGGAAUAAGCAUUCAUCAUUCAGUCUAUUUGCCAAACCCUUGUCGCACCUCUCUCAGGCUAAGGCACAUGCAAUAGCUUGCAGCAAGAUGCAAUGUUCCAUGGGAAUUGGUUCAGAUGUUAUCCCGUCUCAGCAACGAUGAAUAUAUAUACAUAUAAAUAUAUAUAGAAACAUGAUCAUCUUCGUUG